GAUGUCUCCGCGUUCCAUCUUCCUGUUCCAAACCACGUGGACGCGCGCUGGGCACUGCGGGGCAACCGUGGCGGCGCGGUGAUCAUAACAACGAGCGAGAUUUGUCGUCCGCCUGCUUGGCUGGCUCCGGAGCUGGCGGCUUGGCUCGGCCGGUGGCAGCGGCGCCCACCCGGUUACCAUGGCGAGCCAGCCUCCCUCCCUCAGCUAUGUUGGGUGCAACUUUUUGCGGCAGCGGCUAGUGCUCUCCACGCUGAGCGGGCGGCCGGUGAAAAUCCGCAAGAUCAGGGCCAAGGAUGACAACCCCGGCCUCAGAGAUUUUGAAGCAAACUUUCUCAGGCUGAUUGACAAGAUAACCAAUGGCUCUAGGAUCGAAAUAAACCAAACAGGUACUACUUUGUAUUACCAGCCUGGCCUGCUCCACGGGGGUUCACUAGAACAUGACUGCAGCCCAAAUCGUAGUAUUGGAUAUUAUCUAGAGAGUCUUCUCUGCUUAGCCCCAUUCAUGAAACAUUCACUAAGAAUUGUUCUCCGAGGUAUAACCAAUGAUCAGAUAGAUCCAUCAGUGGAUGUUCUUAAGGCAACUGCUCUACCUUUGUUGAAAAGAUUUGGAAUUGAUGGUGAAGAAUUAGAAUUGAAGAUAACAAGGCGAGGUAUGCCUCCCAAAGGAGGAGGGGAAGUGAUCUUCACUUGUCCUGUGAAGAAAGUAUUAAAACCUGUUCAGUACAUUGACCCUGGUAAAAUUAAGCGUAUUAGAGGUAUGGCCUAUUCUGUCAGGGUGUCCCCCCAGAUAGCAAACCGAAUUGUGGAUUCUGCAAGGAGCAUUCUGAAUAAAUUCCUACCAGAUAUUUACAUUUAUACCGAUCAUAUGAAGGGGACCAGCUCUGGGAAGUCUCCUGGCUUUGGUCUGUGUCUCAUAGCCGAGACUACAAAUGGAACUUUCCUUAGUGCUGAACUGGCCUCUAAUCCCCAGGGCCAGGGUGCCGCUAUACUUCCAGAAGACCUUGGUGUAAACUGUGCAAAAUUACUCCUUGAAGAGAUCCACCGAGGAGGCUGCGUGGACUCAAUAAACCAAAGCCUCAUUCUGCUCUUUAUGACCCUUGGACAGCAAGAUGUUUCCAAAGUCCUCCUGGGACCAUUAUCACCUUACACAAUUGAAUUUCUGCGACAUUUGAGAAGUUAUUUCCAGAUUAUGUUUAAAAUUGAAACCAAAUCGUUUGACGAUGAACGGAAGGGAGGUGAAAAAGUCUUAAUGACCUGUGUUGGCAUUGGGUUUUCCAAUCUUAGCAAAACAGUAAAAUGAUCCUUUGCUCAUGGAUUUCAAUUAAAAAGUACACUGAUAAUUAAUGUUUCUAUUGAUAUACUUUCAUGCACAUGUUCAACUCAGGAAAAAUAUGUGGAUUUUGUGUGUGCAACUGACUUUCAAUUAUUAAAGCAGUAGAUGUUGUAUUUUAAUUACUUUGAAAGACAAUUUUGAGACACUGUUAUGGACUUGAAGGACAUGUUGGAGGUUAUAUUUACUGAAGAUACUUCUAAGCAUUUAUGGUUAAUUUUGGAGUUGGACAUUCUAGGUGUUGAACAUGACCCACAAUCUACAUCUCUAUUCCUUUUGUUGUGGAAAGAGCAUGUGCUAAAAUCUUGUUUAAAAUCAGAAACAAUGAUCAACAUGUUUAUACAAUACUGUAAAAAUUACAGUUGAAUUUUUCCAGGAAGCUCUUUAACAUGUAUUAAAUUCUGCUGGAAGUUUUGUUAUCUGGCUUUUUUCAAAGAAGAAGGCUUGAAAGAUGGUAGACUGUAUGCAAAAGUAGCUGUCUUUUCCAUAUACCUUAUUCUUUCUCGACCCUAUGGUGAAGUCUGAACAGAGAGGCUAAAUGCAUAAAUUUAGCCUUUUAUUCUGAGUAAAUGGAUGCUAAAAUUGCUUGUCCCAUGUCUUAUUCUUAGUCAGAUAUGGGACAAUUGCAGCCAAUUGAUGCAGAAUCUUAUUGACUACGUAGUAUAACAAUUUCAAUUUUCUGUAUCUGGGAGUGAUUCUGAAUCAGUAAUUGAGUAAUGGAAAUCAUUAUAGAAAGGAUGGCCAUUCUUCUGCCUAAUAUCAUGCAAGCAAAAUUCUUGAGUCUCUUUGAAUGAUUUGAAACAUAUUUUCCAUCUGGGCUAAGUUACACUUUGCAAGAUAUCCUGUCAACUGAUUCAUGUGCUCUCUUUAAUUGUUUAUGUCUGCCUUCUCUUACAUUUCUUUCCCAUCCUCCCUACAAUCUCUCACGCUGGAGAGAUUAUUAUUAUUAUUAUUAUUAUUAUUAUUACAGUUCACAAGCAGAUUCUAAAGAAAAGCAACCUUCCUAUACUCUGCAUAAGCUGAAGUAUGAAUAAAAGCUGAAAUUACACCCAGUUCCCUCACUUGUGCAGAAAAAUAAAGAACUUGAGACUACCACAACACAAAAAUUGGAAAUAAAAAACAUAAAACACAUUCCUAGCUACAUGUUUUACUGUUUCUACAGGAAUAAAAGUUUCCUAAAACAAA